CGCCCCUCGGAGCGAGAGUUUCCCUUCCGGGUUGUUCGAGGGAGCUGAGGAGUGAGGCGGGUGCGGGGCCACUCUCCGUCCCUCUGCCCCGCGGGGAUGGACGAGGAUGGGCUGCCCAUUGUGGGCUCCGGUAUCGACCUCACCAAGGUUCCUGCUAUUCAGCAGAAGAGAACUGUAGCAUUUCUAAACCAGUUUGUGGUUCACACAGUGCAAUUUCUCAACCGAUUUUCCACUGUUUGUGAAGAGAAAUUGUCAGCACUGUCUCUCCGUAUCCAGCAAAUUGAAACAACACUCAAUAUUUUGGAUGCAAAGUUAUCCUCUAUUCCUGGCCUAGAAGAUGUCAAAUUUGAAGUGUCCAAUGCAAAUAUGAAUAGUGUUACAAAUGAUCCUGUGGCACAAGCUACUACAGAUCAACAGACAGCUGUAUCGCCUCAAUCUGGACAGAACAACGUACAUGAAGAAGGAUUACUGAAAACAGAGAUAGUAACAGAAAAUGUCAGAACUGUGGCCAAGGAUCCAAGAUACGCGAGAUACCUCAAAAUGGUACAAGUGGGUGUUCCUGUAAUGGCAAUACGAAACAAAAUGAUUUCUGAAGGGCUAAACCCAGACCUUCUCGAGACACCAGAUGCUCCUGUGCCUGCCUGGGGAGAUGAUGGGAAAGCAGAAGACAGUUCUGAUAGUGAAUCAUCGUUUAGUGACUAAACAGACUGAUGUUGGCCUUUGGAAAGCUCUCCUGAGUGCUAAUCUGCUUGGAUCUUUUUUUUGUGUGGGUCACAUGGGUGAGAUGGUUUACCUGACAGCAUUUUUAAGAACUAAGAUCCUCCAUUGCCUCUGAGAAAGUUUAAACAAGCAGCGUGUUUCAACCUGAACCUUUCCACCAUGAAAAUCGAUUGUGAGAUCCUUGCAAUUUUUAUGCUGCAUCAUGUCAGAUUCCUUCCUGAUUCUUCUAAAAUUACUUUGUAAAACUCUAAAAAUUCCAUGCCUCUAAGCCUCUAGGUCUCUAAGAGUACAUUCUGGUCAUUACUGGAUUUGUUAUGAUGUAACACUUCUAACCUAAGUUGCCUUCUUUUCUGUCCCAUAACAUACAGGUAAAGUAACUUUUCAAAAUUAAAUUGUUUAAAUGUAAUCUGAUGAGCUGUGUUUUUUCCUAAUAUAUUAUAUUCUGAGGUGACACUACAAGAAGUACACAGAAGUUGGCUAUCAGAAGUCAGCUAUCAUAGUGACUGCAAAUUAGUGAUACUGUGUUUUGAGAGAAGCUAAAAUAUGAGUGAAAAAUAUAUUAAAACCCAAUGUGUUUCCAAAGUAUAUACUGCUAUUCAAAUUCAUGUUAGAGUCUGUACAGAGUUGUUAAUGGAAUUCCUGCUUUGUAGAAGACUUCAUUUAUUGAAUUUGGGUUAUGGUAGUAUAGAAAGCCACAAACAUUGCAAGAUUGAUUUGAAAAUGACAACGUGAAAUAAGCAAGGGACUGGGAGGCUAUUAAUAGAAUACCAGACUGUCACUACUUGUUCACUGUCACAUGAGUUGGUAGAAACCACAGUCUGACUGCUUGUUGGGCUUACUCCAAAGGAGCUGUGGCUGAGCAGUUUGCACAGGAUAAGAAAUCACCUCCAAAUCAGUGUCAUUGCUGGUAAUUUCAGCAAAGAAGCCAAAAUACAGUUUCUAUAAUGAUAAAACUUGGCUUGCUACCUCUUUAGGUGUGCAUUGGGGAACAAUAUGAAGAAAUUCACUUGGAGCCUGACUGGCCCUGACUUUCCUCCAAAGUGCUUAAUCUACUGCAUGAGUCAAAAAUGACAUUUCUUUAAAGAAUUUUCUUUAAUAUAAUUGUUACACAUGAAAUUCUUCACAAUCUAUUUGGUUUCCCCAGAUUAUUGUGAUUAUACCAGAAUGCCAUGGGCCAGGCAGUCAUUCAUUUUCUGGUAUUUCCAGACGAGGAGAAAAAACUGAAGCUCGAAGAAUAUAAAUAUGUUAGCUUUUAUGACCAAGUCAUUAUCUUCUCUCUUAAUUGUUGAUGACACUUCAGUAGGUUAGCUGCUUUUUUUCCCAUGUAACUUACGCAUGGCUCUCAUACACGUCUAGCAGACGCAUUCAUGUUCUUCAUGACCUGUAAAUCGGAGUGAUACCUGAAUCCCUGUGAAAGCAUAUAUGCACUAGCAAAUGUCUAGAGAUGACAUUUCAGUGAUGAGUUAAUUAUUAUUGAACACUAAAACAAAAAUAUUGAAUAGUUAACGCUUGGUAACUAAACAAAUAAUAGCAUAUUAGCAAUAAGUAUUUAAAAAGUAAAUGUUAUAAUGUUAUUUCAGAAAGCAUAUAUUAAAACACUGGUUACUUUUUGAAAUCUAUAUUUGAAAACUCAUUGAAGCAAUCUGUAUAAUUAAAGCUAUGUUUUGU